CAACUAAUUUAGCUUCUUGAAGCUUUUUGGAUCUCGAGUUUCACCACUUGUAAUCUCUUUUAUUACUAGUUAAUGAUAUUAACAUUCUUAUAAAAAAAACUAUUUUGUUUUGUAAAUGAAAUACAUGUAAUAAUAAAAGUACGAUACUGGAUUCAUACAUGUUGAUUUUGGAAAAAAAAUAUACCAUAUGUUAAAAUUAUAACAAUUGAGAAAACCUAGAUAUAAAAUACCACUCAACUUAUUAUUAUUUUUGAAUAAAUGUUAAAUUUAUUCAAACCAAUAAUUUUAGUACAUUAUGCAUCUGUUUCUUAAACUGUUUAAAGAAUCAAAGAAUUUAAUCUAAGUAAGCAAUUAAAGAAUUGCCGGGUUCUUUUAAGUUUGAGCUGGGUCUUGUCGCGUCCCAAACCAAGUAAUGAGUCCCUCCUUCUUCAAUGUAUAUAACCCAUCCCUUGAACUGAUAGUAGCCUGAGCCGAACUGUUUUAUCCGCGAAACUUAUCAAGCAACUAACAUCUCGUGGUUGCUCUCUGUGACGACGUGAAUUGGGCUUCCUCCAUAUAGAGUGUACUGUUGCUUAGAACGCAUACCGGAUCAGAAAAGUCUUGCAUGGGGGCGUCCGUCUAGGAUUGGAGAUAAUCUCAAUGGUUUCACUCCAUACCGUGGUGUUUAGUCUAUAAAAUAAUUGUCACAGUUAAUAAAUUGUUGGUGGGUGUCAGUCUAUAAAAUAAUUGUCACAAUUUACGAAAUUGUUUUGGUGGGGUCAGUCUAGGAUUGGAGAUAAUCUCAAUGAUUUUGCAUGAUUUUAGUAUGUGGUCUCCAAUUUCAUUAAUAAAGUGUUUUUCGUUACAAAUUGACUUGACUUUUACUUGAAAAUUUUUAACAUAUUUUUUAAUAUUUCUGUUUCGGAGUGUUUCACAAGACAUCUAAUAAUUACAAAAUCAAAGUGGGAACAGGAAAGCCUAAUCCAGAAUAUGUUCUAGUGACUCAUAAAGUCUCCUAUCCUAAAUCAAAAACAGUUACAGAGGACCUUAAAAGAUCAUGGGUGGAAGAUAGGUACCUGUAAAGGGACGAACUCCUUCUCCUUAGGGCAUGAUUAUUGGGGGUCCUUACUCUUGGGCCCUUAAUAUAUUUAUAUUAAGGGCCCAAGAGUAAGGACCCCCAAUAAUCACGUCCUUAGUACCUUACACCCUGGAGAUGAAUGUUCUAGGUGGUAAUUGGAUCUUUCGUACUAAACUUAAUUAUGAUGGAUCCUUUGAUAAGCCCAAAGGGUCAUAUCGUUGCAACCUCGCCUGCUUUUGCAAACCGCUUGCUGCAUGUCUUCAAAAACCCGUACAGCUACGACCCGGAUAGAUUCUCCCCGGGAAGAGAAGAGGACAAAGCCGCAGGGGCAUUUUCGUACAUUUCAUUCGGUGGAGGUAGCCACGGGUGUCUUGGAGAGCCCUUUGCUUACCUUCAAAUCAAAGCCAUAUGGAGUCAAUUGUUGAUUAACUUUGAGCUUGAGUUGGUUUCACCCUUCCCUGAGAUGGACUGGAACGCUAUGGUGGUUGGCAUUAAAGGCAAUGUGAUGGUGCGUUAUAAGCGGCGUCAACUUGUCUUAGAUUAACGUGGUUUUUGCAACCUUUGGUUUCUGUAUUUGUCUCGCUCUCUCUCUCUCUCUGGUUUUAGUUAUGUGGUUGAAUGUAGGGAUGUUAACUUUGGGUAAAAUAACCCAGCCCACCCCAACCCACAAAUAACCCAACUCAGUUUAUAUCCAACCCGCAAAAACCCAGAAACAUCAAUGUUGAAAUCCAAACCAAAAAAAAUAACCCAAUAUGGUAUAGGUUUACCCGUGGGUAUCCAAAGUAUUAUCUUAUUUACUCUGAAGAUCAUGUAAAAUAUUAAUAUCAUUAAUGUGAGCUGUAAUAUAAAAACAAGAUUUUGCAAUUUUAUAGAAAACUUGUUUUAGCGCAAAAACUCGUUUAUGAUUUUGGAGGAAAAACUCGUUUUUUUCGGAAAAAAAAUUAUUUUGCAAUUUUAACCGGAACUCAUUUUGUGGAUUUAGCGGUAAACAUCGUUUUGACAGGAAAACUCAUUUAUGGUUUUAACGAGAAAACUUGUUAAAUUGUUUUUGUGGCUUUAGCGGAAAAUUUUCUUUUUGCGGUUUUUGGUCGGUAAAUUUUUUUUGUGGUUUUGGUUGGAAAACUAGAUUUUUGCGGUUUGCGUAAAAAAUAAUCUUUCUGGUUUUGGCAGAAAAACUCAUUUUGCGGUUUUGGCGGAAAAACUUGUUUUUACGAUUUUGGCGGGAAAAUUUGUUAGAUUUUGGCGGCAAACCUGUUUUCGCGGGAAAAAUCUUUUUGCGAUUUUUGGCGGAAAAACUCGGUAACGGUUUUUUGCGAGAAAAUUCGGUUUAUCGGUUUUGGCAGGAAAACUCGGUUUUGCGGUUUUGGCGGGAAAACUCGAUUUUGAUUUUGACGGGAAAACUCAAUUUUUUUGUUUUGGCGGGAAAACCCGGUUUUCCGUUUUUGGCGGGAAAACUCGGCUUUUUGGUUUCGGCAGGAAAACUCGGUUUUUCGGUUUUGACGGAAAAACUCGUUUUUAUUUUGACGGGAAAACUCGGUUUUUCGGUUUUGGCGGGAAAACUCGAUUUUCGGUUUUGGGGGGGGGGGAACUCGGUCUUUCGGUUUCGGCGGGAAAAAUCGUUUUGUCGGGAAAUUUGAGUUUUACGGUAUUGGCGGGAAAACACAUUUUGCGGUUUUGGCGGGAAAACUCGAUUUUGCGGUUUUCAGUCGGAAAACUCGAUUUUGCGAGUUUAGCAGAAAACUCUAUUAUACGGUUUUUACGGGAAUAUUCAGUAUUGCGGUUUUGGACCAGUUCAAAAUAUAACACAAAUCGAUAAAAUAAUAACUUUUUAGAAAAUUCUAUGUAUAUAUUUUUUUCCCUGUAAAAUUAUAAAUUAAUAAUAUUUAAAUAUAUAUAAUUCAUAAAAGCACAAACAAACAUUGUAUUAUUAGUAUUAUUUCCACAAUGGAAUUCAUGUCUAUUUUUUCUUAAUCUUAAAUAUAUUUUGAUAAUAUUUAGUAAUGUUCUCAAAAUCGCUAGGCGGUAACUAUGCGUUUUAUAGAGGACUAGCGACUAGGCGGAUUAUUCGGGGCCUAAGCGAGGCCUAGGCGUUAGCAAAUUAUUGAUUUAUUUUAUAUAUUUUAUACAUUUGUAUAACAUAUUUUAGUUUUUAAGUUUAAUUAUAAAAUUAUUGUGAUGAAUUAUCAAAAUUAGAUAUACAAAACAGAAGAAAGUAGACAAAUUUGUAGAUUUGUAAUAAUAUUAUUGCUUUAUUUAACAUAUAUAGACAAUUUUAGAUCGAUUUUAACCAAUUUUAACCGAUUUAGAACAGUUUAAACCAAUUUGAAUCAUAUAAAUCAGUAUAAAUCGGAUUUUAAGAAAAUCGUUUCGGAUAGGACCGAGUUGCUGCCUAGGCGGGGGCCUAGGCGCCGCCUAGACCGAUUUUUAGAACCCUGAUAUUUAGUUAAAUUAUAUCUAAAACCAUAUUCGAGUCAUAUGAAACAUAUUUCAUAUACAUCAAAUAAUAUAAUAAAAAUAUCAGAGUCUAGUUUCUAAAAUUUAAUUAAUGUAUAUACAGUAAAACUAACAAUUUUUUUUACAAAAAAUAUAUAAAUUUUUUAAAAAAAAACUUUUUGUAAACUAAUACCCUUAUAAAUUAAUAAAUUACCAUAUUUCCAUCAUUAUUAAUUUAUUGAGUUUUUACUGUAAUAUUACAUGUUUGAUUUUGGAAAAUAGGCACCAUAUGUUAAAAUUAUAACAAUUGUGAAAGCUUAGAAAUGUACCACUCUACUUAAGCAAUUAAAAAGUUGGGUCAAAUCAUACUCAAAAGAAAGACUAAUAAUUGACAUGGAACAGAUUAAUCAUAGCCUUAGAGCGGCUGCAACGGGAGUCCGUCAUGAGUCCGUAGCCCAAGUCCUUAGGAUAUUUGAAUAUUAAUAUUGUGAAAUGGGCUUGUUUUUAGACGGAUCUGUACGGAUCAAUCCGUUAAUAAGGGAUCAAAGGAUUGAGUCCUUCAUGUACACGUGGCGUGCGAUGGUUGGGCUUUGGAUACUUUUGUGUUCCGUUUAGGUGAAAAAAAAAUCAUUCGCGUUUGAACCCGAGGAAAAAAAAUUCAGAGCUCAAGUGAAGAGGCGAUUUCUCUCCGUCGUCGAUCGUCUUCUUCCGUUAUCUUCAAAGGCAAAUACCGUUCUUCUGUGGUAGAUUUAAGCAUAGGUUAGCUUCGUUGUUGUUCUCGUGUCCCUCUUUGCUUCGUAUUUCCGUCGAAUCGAAUUGGGGAUUUCUUCGAUUUAGGGUUUCAAAAAGUUUCGAUUUUGGAAUUUGUUUUGAAUUCGUUUAUGUUCAAUUGGGGAUCAUUUUGUUUGUAGUUUGGGUUUCAAUUCGUUUUGGGUUUCAAAACACGAAUUGUUUUCAGUGAAGAUUUUGUCAUCGAUUUGUUUUCCUUGUAUUGUUUAGCUUCCAUGUAUAGAUAGGUUAGCUUACUUGUAUUGUUUUGAGCUUAUCUUAUUUUUUGCUUAGUUCGAAAACUAGUUAACUAGAUCCCUCAUUAGUCUCUGUUGUUGCGUUUUGUUCUUAAUAUUUUUUUUCUUAUUCGCUAACAUAGUUUCUCUUACCAUAAUUUCUGCAGGCGAACGAACCAUGGGCCAAGACUAUAGCUACACUCAGCCUUCUUCUUCGUCAGAGGAGUUAGACAUCACCUCUUUAAUUGUAGCAGAAGGUGAACUCUACGCCAAUGAAGUUAAGAGUAACUUCACAAUUUCACAGGAGGAUCAGUACGCAGCUGCACCUGAGGCCGAUGAAGGGAUCCCAAGGACAUGCUAUUGCGGUAGUGAGCCUGUAGUUAAAACGUCGUACACUCCAAAAAAUCCAUACAGGAGGUACUUCUCCUGCAACAACGUCGACGAUGGAGAGUGCCACAUCUGGAAAUGGUGGGAUGUGGCGAUGCAAGAAGAGCUCCGUGAAACGCAAAUACAACUUAGGAUGCUCAAGGAUCAAUUCUUUGAGAGUGACCAGAAGGUGGCUAAGCUAGAGAAGAUCUUACGUGUGCUAAGUAAGAAGACAGCAGUGGUUAAAUAUCGGUUUGCAAAGGGAGUUUGUCUACUGCUCUUGGUAAUAGUGGUCAUCGUAAUGUGGAGGAAGAGCCUCGGAGGAUUUAAACAUCAGUGUCUGAACUCGAGUUGGGCUUCAAAGGUACAGCAGCAGGACAUGUGAACCAAGUCACGGGUGCGUUUGGAAUCUCGAAGUGUGUUGUUGUUUUGCGAGUCACGGGUUUAUGUUUUGUUUAAGUAGUAGUAGUAUAAGUAACCCUCUCUG